CGCUUACUUGAGGAGUGAAUGGCCGCACCGAGGCCGUGUCGCGAACAUCUUUUUUGGAUGCCUCAUCGUUUCCAGGUAUCGAUCCAGGUUCUCUGGCUGCUUCAUAGCGACCCGGCUAUCAUGGCCCCCAUCAGAGGUUCUUUACAAAAAAGGACAAAAAUCUCGGGAGACGGAAUAGAUUUAGCUGUCACAUUAUCCAUAUGCCUUUUUAUAGUGUCUAUAAUGGCAGGACUUCGGCUAUGGGCAUCGAGGAUCAGGAAGCAGGCGUUUAAUGCUGCAGACUUUAUGUCAUUAGUCUCCCUGUUGCUUUUCUACUCAUAUGCGCUGGUAUCCUUUUUGAUUUUGACGAUUGGGCAUGUUGGAUACCCCAUUUCUGAGACCUCGAGUUGGAGGCGCACGUUUACACUAAAGGGAUUCUUCUAUACACAACUUGCAUUCGGCGUUGGGAUUGGCGCCGCCAAAUUUAGCAUUAUAUGUGUUUGUUUCCAAAUCCAUUCUUUUCGCAAGUCGAGUACUCUUCGACUAGUUAGCCGACUCUUUAUGGCCACCUGUUUCUGUUGGUGUGCUAUGGCGAUUAUAGGAGGGAUUUCUGGCUGCCAACCUUUGGCAUACAACUGGAACUUGGAGAGCUCGGGUGGGCAUUGUAUUAACCGCCAUGCUGCAUCUUUAGCCAUCGGGAUUCUUGACAUAGCUUCAAAUGUUGCCAUGGCCGUUACGCUAAUAUUAAUGUCUCGAAACGUACAAAUGAGCAGACCAAGAAUGCUGGCAAAUAUAAGCAUUCUAGCUUUGGGUACUUUGUACGUUUCUCACUUGGCGUGUCGAUAUGCAAAAGCUGAUCAAAACAUGGCCAUCAGUGGCAUCGCCAGCAGUAUCCUUCGCACGACGACCAUUCUACAUACCGAUUUCACUAUAUUUAAUCAAACAGCCAAGAUGGUUUUUCUCUGGACCGCAGUCGAAUGGGUAGUUGCGAUGAUCGUUUUUAACGCCCUCAUGCUAGGGCCAAUUUUUGAUCGAUUUUUUCCUGAAAAGGAGCCGGAAAGAAAUGCACCAUCUCAAGGGUUAGAGAUGCCAGAUUCUUUCCAAUAUUCCAGCUCUCGUGGGGCGACUUAUACGGCUGAAGCGACUACGGGGGAAACUAUAUCUACAUGGUCCUGCCACAAAAAUGAGCCGAUGCCUAACAUACAGAUUAACCUCCCACCAGAGCCUGGGGAGGUUCGGAUACAAACAGAGUGGGCCAUCGAGAGAUCUUGAGUGAAUCCUCUGCGCUGCAGAUUAUAUUGUUUCUACGCUAUUUAAAGGGCCCAAGUCAUCCAACGAUGU